UUCAUGUCUUAUACCGCUAAAUUUCCUCUAACAGGCAUUUAAUCAUUCUUAGAAACGCCUGUGGAGGUCAAAAUGCGGUCUGCUCUUGUUGGAGGAUUGGUUGCUAUCAGCUCCGCUCUCGGGGUGGCUGGCUCCCCGCAUACACACUCCGUUGUAACGUCAGACGCUUAUGAUUACAUUGUCGUUGGGGGAGGACCUUCCGGCAUUAUCACCGCGGAGCGUCUGGUAGAGGCCAACAAGAAAGUUUUGCUGCUGGAGCGACGCUAUGGCCCAACUGUGGCUACCGGUGCCAUUGACACACUCGUCUGGAACAAGAAUUUGACCCCUAUCGAUGUGCCGGGUCUGUCCGCCGACAUUGGAAGCCUCCCUGAGUGGGAGGAAUAUAUCUGCACCGAUACUGCUGGUUAUGCAGCCUGUGUCCUUGGCGGCGGUGUCACCGUCAACUACAUGGUCUUUGUGCAUCCACCAGACCAUGACUUCAACGACAAGCUGUACGAGCGCAACCCUGGAACUAUUCUGCCCUCUGCGGAUGGCAAGCGCUACGACCAAGGGCUCUACACCGUGCUUUCCAACUUCUUCAACAACAUCGGCUGGAAAGCCGUUAACAUGAUCUCUCAGCCCAACGAGAAGCACCAAGUCUACAGCUACCCUGCCUGGAACGUCAAGGACCAGAAGCGUGCCGGCCCGGUCCGCACCUACCUUCCCCUUGCUGAGAAGCAUAACAACUUCAACCUGCAGCUUGGAUCCAAGGUUACUCGUGUGCUCCGUUCUGGUAGCAAGGCUACCGGGGUUGAGGUAGAGAAUGCCUCCGGCCAUCUGCAAAACAUAAUCUUGGCCGCCAACGGUAGGGUCAUUCUCUCUGCGGGCGCCCUUUCAGCCCCCCGCAUUCUGUUCAACUCGGGUAUUGGACCCCAGUCCCAGAUCGAGGCUGCUCAAAAGAGCGGUGUCAUCGUUCCGCCCAAGCACGACUGGAUCAGUCUCCCUGUCGGUGUUGUUCUCAAGGACCACCCCAUCUUCUCCAUUGUCGUCAAGACCAACGGCACCUACGGCCCGCUUGACUGGGCUGGAAUCUACAACGGCACUGAAACGGCGGAUAUCAGCCUCUAUGAGAAGGGCAACGGUGUCUUGACGCAGGGAAAGCACCGCUUGAUCUGGUUCUCCUCCAACGUGGUGGAUGGGGAGACCCGCUACUACCAAGGAUCUUGCGCGCCCACUGGCGAGGACGAGGUCACCAUCACGACUUACAUGACCCACGGCCUCACUUCGUCCGGUGUCCUCGGACUUGAUGCUAGCGGCAACACCGUGUACGAGAAGACUCCUUGGAUGAACACUGCCGGUGAUCAGGCUGCGGCCAAGCUGUUCAUCCAGAGCCUGGUCGACGACUUGACUGCUCCCUCGACUGGCUUCCAGCUGGAGACCUACACCAAUGUGUCUUCCAUUCUUGGAAGCCUGACCAGUGGUAUGCACUACAUCACCACCGCUAAGAUGGGCACGGACGAUGGCCGCCACGGAAACGGCACCUCCGUUGUUGACACCAAUACGAAGGUCUACGGAAUGGACAACUUGUAUAUUGUCGAUGGCAGUAUCCAUCCCGACCUCCCCACGGGCAACAUCCAAGCCACCAUUAUGGUCGUGGCCGAGGCUGCUGUCGCUAAGAUCCUGGCUCACCACUAUUGUGGUCUUUUUAUGGACAGAUAUUGAAGAUAGAGGCAUUUGGGAAGUUUGCAUUAGAAGAUGCACAUACAUCGAAG